AAUAUAUAUACAGAAGUAUAAAGAAGCAAAGUGGGAUAGAAAUUGGUUGAGGCAUAGAGCGGCAGCAAUGGACCCAAAAUUAACAAAGCUAGGCAGCUCUCUUCCGGUGCCUAUCGUACAAGAAUUGGCCAAGGAGGAAUCAGCAACAGUUCCUCCAAGAUACGUGCGCCCAGAUCAACAUCAACAGAUGACCCUCUCUUCUCUCAACUCUUCCUUCCCUCAAAUCCCCGUCAUUGAUAUGCAAAAGUUUUCAGACAUCCAUACAAUGGAUUCUGAGCUUCAUGCCCUGCAUGAUGCAUGUCAAGAAUGGGGGUUUUUCCAGUUGAUGUGGGGUGGGGUGGACUCUGCUGUGGUGGAGAAAAUGAAGUCAGAAAUCCAGGAAUUCUUCAAUCUCCCAAUAGAAGAAAAGAAGAAAUUCAGGCAGAAGGAAGGGGACGUAGAGGGCUAUGGGCAAGCCUUUGUUGUAUCAGAAGAGCAAAAGCUCGACUGGGCUGACAUGUUUUACAUAGUUACCUCACCAACUUACCUCAGAAAGCCUCACUUAAUUCCCCAGCUUCCUCCUACUUUCAGGGAUGCCAUAGAAGUGUACGCAUCAGAACUGAAAAUUCUUGCCAUGAAGAUUCUAAAGCUAAUGGCAAAAGCUUUAGACAUGAAAGCUGAAGAAAUGGAAACACUAUUCGCACAAGGGAUGCAAGGGUUGAGGAUGAAUUACUACCCUCCGUGUCCUCAGCCGGAGCUUGUCACGGGUCUCUACCCUCACUCCGAUGCAGUCGGGCUCACCAUUCUCCUCCAAGUGAAUGAAAUGGAAGGCCUCCAGAUCAAGAAAGAUGGAGUCUGGAUUCCCGUUUGUCCACUCCCUAAUGCGUUCGUCAUCAACGUUGGAGAUGUUCUGGAGAUUGUGACGAAUGGGGCAUACAGGAGCAUAGAGCAUCGAGCAACUGUCAACUCCAAAAAAGAGAGGCUCUCCAUCGCCACCUUUCUGAGCCCAAACCUGGAUGGUCAACUGGGCCCGGCGAGCAGCCUUGUCACACCUCAGACACCAGCAAACUUCAAGACGAUUGGGGUGACUGAAUAUUUCAAGGGACUAUUCUCUCGGAAACUCGCGGGGAAAUCAUAUUUGGACCUCAUGAGGAUUUAGGGUAUACACUACUGUCUGGGGAUAUAGCCGAUACAAUGUGGUGGUAAAUAUAUUUACAAGUUACUAUGUAGCGACUCAGUUCUUUAUAUGUCAUUGUCGUCAUCUUAAGAAACCAAUAAUUGAAGUAAUGAAAUGGCAAUAGUAAGUUUCUGCAAUCAUAGCAGAAACUGCCAGUCUUCCUUCUUCCUUUUCUUGUUUACUUUUUUCUCAAGCAAUAAAUAGUUAUUUAAAUU